GUCAGGCUCUCGUUCUUCAGACCCUUAAAUACUGUAUAACAUGGACGAGGAUAUCACUUUUGGCUCGUCCGUAUGGGCAACUCCUGCCACCGCGCCCAUGACGCUUUCACCCCACGCACACGAGGACGCGCUACCACCACUGCAUCCUCCUCCAGCCUCUUCAACAUCCUCCGAACAAAACGACCAGUUUGAAGACUUCGACGACUUUGGUCCUCCAGCAGACACCACCCAGCCAACACUGGCUCAAGACGACGAUUUCGGGGACUUUGGAGACUUCGGAGAUGUGCAGGAUUCAUCGACGGUGGCACUGGAGGAUGGUGGAGCUUUCGGAGGCGGGUUCGCAGACGACGUGGGGUUCGACGAACAAGUACGGAUGGCAGGACCAUCUACAUACCGAGAUUGGGAGCCACUUCAUCUCGACCCGCAUAACAUGCCGUCGCGGUCGGAGCUGGAAGAACAGAUCGAGGAGAUCCUAAGCCCAUUGUGGGCAGACGAUAAUCCGGAUGAGGUGUUCACGGAUGAGGAUAUCAGGGAGGUUGGAGGUAUAAAUCAAAUAUUGAUCACACCGGCGAGCCGCUCUUUAUACCAAACUCUCUUCCCGUCCACACCACCAUCCGCUCAACCUCCAAAUUGGACGCGUUCGCGUAUCCGACGCCAGCACCUCCUCACGCUUGGCAUCCCCCUAAACCUAGACGAGUUCCUACCGCGAGCGAACGGGAAAGCGUUGCCUGCCUUACAGAUCACGACGAGACCGAUGUCUGCACCCCCAGGUCCGAGACCUGCACCUGGGGGUGCUAACGCAUCCAACGCGUCGGCGAGCAACUCGAGAGCAGGGACUCCGAGGGCUGGGACACCCGUGUCUGCUACCAGGUCGUCUGCUGCAGCCCAGCUCACACUCGGUCCCAAGCCGAAGUUAGACGAGGCGAGGAUAGCAGAAUUGAUGACUCUCAGGCCAGAUAACCUCUCACUGCUACCUCUUCCAAUACUCGAAAAGCAUCUGGCGAACCUUCGCGCACAGACAUCGAAUACCUCCGCCCUUCUCACACAUCUGCUUCAAACGCGAGACGCACUGCAGCAAGACUCAGAGACGUAUAACAACCUCAUCGCAGAGUUGGUGGGAGAGGCUCAGAGAAUGAAGACGGGCAAGGGACGAGCGCCUCCCAGAAGAGGCAGUGGGAUGGCUUGAAGUAUUGAGGGAAUGGUCUGGGUUUGGAUAAGGGCGGAGGAUGUUUAUAUACAUUCGGAAGAAUGUGAAGUUUGUAUACCU